AUGGCGAUAGCACCUCUACGAAUCACGAAUCCUUUCCCAUCUCUGCGUCUUCUUCCCGCCGGAAAGCCCAAUGCUCCGAGACUCUUCACCGUCCGCGCCACCGACGUUGAGUCCACUGAAGAAACUCAACCCGACCCGGAAACAAGCCAGGCCGAAUCCAGCUCGGAUCCGGACCAGUUCGAGUCACGUCUCUCAAACAUCCGACUCAGAUAUCGAAGCGGGACGGGGAAGAAAGCAGAGGUGAGAAAAUCGAAGAAAGGCUCGAGCUUGCCCGCGUCGAAACAAUCGGGAAUCUAUUUGCCGGCGGUGAGUCUGAAAGAGCCGGUCUCCGGUGGGUUGAAAGUGGAGGUAGGGUUUAGCCCAUACAGCGAGCGGAUCAACGGGAGGAUUGCCGGAUUAGGGCUCGCGGCGUUGCUUCUGGUAGAGCUAGCGACGGGUAAGAGCGUAUUGAAUUACCACACGCCUUCUGUGGUGUUUCUUCAGAUAUAUUUCGUUGCGGCUGUUUCUGCUAUGUUUGUCAAGGUUGAGAAGGAGAAGGGCGCCAAAAAGAUAAAACCCUCGGCCAACAAAAAGCCUCGGGACAGAGCAGAACGGAGAAACCUAAAAGCGUCGGCUUUUGAGUCUCUGUCUCUUGGGUUUUCGAUUCUCUUACAUUCGAUGGCUUUCUGGGGAAUCGAAGUGAAGCCAGGAAAGCCUUUCACUCUUAAACCUAAUGAAGCGACAGCAACAAGAAGACUCCACCUUUCCCAGGCGACAUUGGGGAUUGGCAAUGCAACAAUCAGAAGCAUUCUUCAGUGUAACGUUGGGAAGAAAAGUCCUCUCUUCUUAUGUGUCUUGACUCCUGAAAAAGUUGAUUCUUGCCAAUUGAAUCUCGAGUUUCAAGAAGCUGAUGAAGUUAUAUUCUCUGUCAUCGGACCUCGGAGCAUUCACAUCACUGGCUACUUCCUCGGCAGGAGCACCGCAUUAGGCCAAAACGAUGACGAAUCGGAGUCAUUUGGCGAAGACAUUGUUGACACAGACGUGGAGAAAGGUAGCAGUGAUGAUUAUGACUACAGCGAUAGUUUCAUAAACGACGAUGAUCCAUCUGGCCGCGGUUCACACGUUUCUAGUUCUGAUGAUGAAGAAGUAACUAUUAAGAAGAAGACGGCAGAGAAGAAAACAAAUAAAAAAGGUGGAAGGCUGAGGAAGCAGUUUCAGGUGUCUGAUUCAGAUUCUGAUGAAACCUCAGGUAGAGCUGAUGACUCUAGCAGUGGUGAUUCCGUAGAAGUACUUAACAGCGAUAAUGACCACAAGAUCCCGAAGGUUCUUUCUUCAGAGAAUCCUGUGCCUUCAAGGGUUACGAGGUCGAAGGCAAAAAGUUCGACUUUGGAAGAUGAUGAGCCUAAUGCCAAGUGUGAGAAGACAUCAGAAUCAGAAACUCAUCUGGAUAAAAGGGAGGAUGAACCAUUGGGAGAUGUUGAACCUUCUCCUGUUCAAAAAGACUGCGAAAGUCAUUCGAAGAAAAAGAGCAAAAAGAAAAAGUCUAAGAGUUCAGUUGUAAUCAACUUAGAUGACGGAGAGGAAAAGAAUAUGACUGAAGAAAGUCUUCAGAAUGAGAAGCCAACUACUGACAAGGAGAUCAAACCAUCAAAUGAUGUAUUACCCUCUGAGAAUGGUGAUGCAACUCUUUCGAAGAAAAAGAGGAAAAGGGAUAAGAAAGAGGAAACUACAGGUGUCCAGGAAAAUUCAAAGAAGAAGAAACAAGCCGUCGACAAGGACACCGAGAAAGAAGCUGGUACUAAGAAACCACUAGAAUCAGAGGUUUCAUCAACUGAAGUGAUCAUUGAAGAGAUUUCAAAAGGAAACUCAGAUGGAAAAUCAGCUGUCAAAGGCAAAAAGGUCAGCAUACUCUUUACUGGGAAGUUGAAAGAUAGCGGGGAAGUGUUUGAUUCGAACUUGGGAGAAGCUCCGUUAAGAUUCCGCUUAGGUGGAGAUAAAGUCAUAGAAGGUCUCAACAUUGGUGUUGAAGGGAUGCGAGUUGGUGAUAAAAGAAGACUCACAAUUCCGCCAUCCCUCGGAUAUGAUAAACACAGGGACUCGGAAGAUGGAUUGAAGGGAGCUGUGCCUAAGAAUGCGUGGCUAGUCUAUGAAGUGGAGGCAGUAAAACUCAGAUGA